UGUCCUCACAAUAUUCCAAGCUUCUAACCCCUCGUCUUUGUGCCCUGUGGCGUUAUAUAUAAGCACCAUGGUUGCCACCACCGGGGACAUUGGCCUCUCUUUUCUCUACCACAUACCCAUCACAAACCCAAAGCCAAAGCUCACUAGCCAGCCAUCAGACAGACGCUUGAACAGUUCAGGAAUAUGGGCAACGCGAUGCCAUGCUUGGUCCAGGGCACGAGGGCUCUGCCGGCGCCGGCGGCCAUGAAGCCCAAGCGGAGGAGGACGACGACGUACUCCCUCAAGCCUCUCGUGAAGGCCCUCCACAGGAUGAAGAUGAAGAAGACGCCGUGCGACGACGGCAGGGCGCCGCCCAUGCCCAAGAUCGGCAGCAAAUCCCCACCGGGAGCACAGGGAGGAGGAGUGAAGGGCGUCGUCAAGGCCAGCGGCUGCGGCAAGGCGGCUGCCCCGAGACGAGCGGCGGGCCACAGGAAGGGCGUCGUGAGGGUGAAGGUUGUGCUGACCAAGGAGGAGGCGGCGGCGCUGCUGUCGCUGACCGUCGGCGGGCAGAAUACGGCGGCGCAGAUCGUGGCCGAGAUCAAGCGGAUGGAGGCCCGCCGCGCCGCGGCCAACGGCUCGUGGCGCCCCGCGCUGGAGAGCAUCCCCGAGGAGUCGUCGUAGGAGGAGCAUAGAUGCUACUGCCGUUCAUGUAGGAUUCAUCCUGUUCCUGUGUGGGAAAGAGGGGAACGACGGUGAGAACGGAGAGAUUUGGGUUGAGAGGCGAGCCGGCGACAAUGUAAAGCUCCCCCUCCCAUGCAUCCAUGAUGGUGAUGCCGGUGUGUAUAUAGCAUGCAGCUUCCCCUUUUUGAAGCUUCUCUCUUCUGUUCUCUUCUCCCUGUUGCUCAUCUCACCUGUACUUGAUCACCAAGUGAAAGAAAUGGAACGAGAUCUCGCCCUUCUUCUUUAUC